AUGGGUUUUGUUGUGGCUUUGAGUUUAUUAACACCUGUGCGAAACGAGGCGGAAAAUUUUACAGGUUUGCCGUCUUAUCGGUCACGCAAUUCGUCGUUGCCUCAUCUCUCAAUCAGGAAGGUAUCAUGGGUUGUGAGGACAGAGUCGAAUGUUCGGAGGAAAGUCCGAAAGAAGCUGGAUCCACCUUGUGUGGUAUGUGAGGGGAGUGGAAGAGUGGAUUGCCAUUGUUGUCAGGGAAGAGGAAGGAUGAAUCAGGUUGAUAUGGAAAUGCUUCCGAAAGGUGAAUGGCCGAGGUGGUGUAAAACAUGUGGCGGAAGUGGGCUUACGUAUUGCUCGCGGUGCCUUGGAAGUGGAGAAUAUAGGGGUGUUAUGGGGUUCGAUUUCAUGAAGAAGGAGAAUAAUGAAUCCCAAUAG